AUCUCCCAGAUCGCCGAGGCUUUCUCAAACGUGGACAAGUCUCUGCUGGAGUUGGAGGUGAAGUUUAAACAAAGUCAAGAGACGGAGCUGAGAGAGGAGCAGCAGCUGAACGGCUACGUGAUGAAGCAAGUGAGUGACAUCCGGGACGCCAUGAGGGGGACCACGGACAUCUCUGUGGGACUUAAAGAUAAACAGGAGCUGCUGUCUCUCAUCAUCCGCAGUCAUGGCACCAGACUGAGCCGCCUGAAGACAGAGUAUCUUAAUGUUGGCUCAUAGUGGGGUUGUGUGUGU